UUGUUGUUGUUUGAUGCAGUUGUGGUUGUCUUUGAGUAAGAAAAGAAAAAGCAAGUCCUUGGUUUCAUUCCCACGAAUCCCACCUUUUGCUUUUUCCCGUUAAUCAAAAUACACAUUUCAACCCCUCCAUCUCUCUCUCUUUCUUUCUUUCAUCAGAAACUCAAACAGAGAAAACCCAAAUCAAAAAAAUACAAACUCAUCAUAAUCCUUAAUUUAAUCAAACUCAGAGAAAACCCACACACCCAAUAUAGACUUCCUUUAUAUCAUCAUUGAGCAUUUUGAUGAUGGUCAAGAUGGUGGUGGUGGAGGAGGAAGAGGAAGGGAGGAAUAUGGGUUUGAUAUAAGGAGGAGGAGGAGGAAGAUAGGCUAGGUGACUUAUUUUCGAUCUCUAGAGAGAGAAUGAGCAGUGAACAAGUGGGUUCUAAAGCCUGGGAAACAACAGUAAGAAAAUCACAAGCAGCAGUUAAGAGACGUGGGAACAGUUUAUUUACAACAAUGUCAGUAGCUCAUGUAGAUGAUGAUGAAAAUAUUAUUAACACAGCAGCAGAUGGUGGUGGUAUUAAUGGUGGUGCUGGAGGAGGAGGAGAGACUUAUCGCGGAGAAAGGCUAUUGUCUAAUGGAGAUUAUUAUACAGGACAAUGGGCUGAACAUUUGCCUCAUGGUAAUGGUAAGUAUCUCUGGACUGAUGGUUGUAUGUAUGUAGGUGAAUGGUUUAGAGGGAAAACAAUGGGUAAGGGUAAAUUUUGUUGGCCAUCUGGUGCUACUUAUGAAGGUGAUUUCAAAACUGGUUUUAUGGAUGGGAAAGGUACUUAUACAGGUUCUAAUGGUGAUACAUAUAGAGGUACUUGGGUUAUGAAUUUGAAACAUGGACAAGGUAUUAAACAUUACUCUAAUGGCGAUUGUUACGAAGGCGAAUGGAGGAGAGGAUCACAAGAUGGUCAUGGCAGGUAUCAAUGGAAGAAUGGGAAUCAUUAUAUUGGGCAAUGGAAAAAUGGUAUUAUUAAUGGAAAUGGAACAUUGAUUUGGUCAAAUGGGAAUAGAUAUGAUGGGUUCUGGGAAGAUGGAUUUCCUAAAGGGAAUGGGACUUUCAGAUGGUCAGAUGGGAGUUUUUAUGUAGGUACAUGGAGUAAAGAUCCUAGGGAGCAAAAUGGUACUUAUUAUCCUUCUGGUUCAUCUCCUGCCGGUAACCUUGAUUGGAAUCCACAGGAUGUUUUUUCUGUUGAUUUGAAUGAUUGUAAGGUUUGUCCUAGUGAGAAAGUUUCGAUUAUGCCUUCACAAAAGAUAUUAAAUCUGUCUAGAAUGGAUGGGGAUCAACAUAAAAGGAGAACAUCAAAGGUUAAUGAUUCAACUGGGAGGUUGAGGAGAACAUCAGUUGAUGGUAAGGUAGGAUUUGAUAAAAUUUGUAUUUGGGAGUCUGAAGGGGAUAUUACUUGCGAUAUUGUUGAUGGGAAUUCGAUUAUUGGAAACAAUGAAGAUGAUGGUUUGGUCAGUCUCCAGCUUGAAGAUACGGAUCCGCGAGGUCCAAAGCAGCAGCUUAUGAGAUUUCAGCCUAAGGAAAUGAAGAGACAGGGAGUCACUAUUUCUAAAGGGCAUAAAAAUUAUGAGCUUAUGCUUAAUCUGCAGUUGGGUAUCAGGCAUUCUGUAGGAAGACCUGCUCCAUCUUCAUCUCUUGAUCUGAAAUCCUCCGCUUUUGAUCCCAAGGAAAAAGUUUGGACAAAGUUUCCCCCUGAAGGAAGCAAAUAUACUCCACCACAUCAGUCCUGCGACUUCAGGUGGAAGGAUUACUGUCCGUUAGUUUUCAGGACUCUACGGAAGUUGUUCAAGGUGGAUCCAGCUGAUUAUAUGAUAUCUAUUUGUGGAAACGAUGCACUUCGAGAACUCUCUUCUCCAGGAAAAAGUGGAAGUUUCUUUUACUUGACAAAUGAUGACCGCUACAUGAUUAAAACGAUGAAGAAGUCUGAAGUAAAGGUACUAUUAAGGAUGCUACCAGCUUAUUAUAAUCAUGUUCGUGCAUUUGAAAAUACUUUAGUGACCAAAUUUUACGGUCUCCAUUGCGUAAAGUUAACUGGAGCUGCCCAGAAAAAGGUUCGGUUCGUCAUCAUGGGGAAUUUAUUUUGUACAGAAUACACCAUUCACAGACGCUUCGACCUAAAAGGGUCGUCACAUGGGCGUACAACAGAUAAGCCUGAUUCAGAAGUUGAUGCAAAUACAACCCUUAAAGACCUUGAUCUUAAUUUUAUAUUUCGAUUACAGAGAGCAUGGUUUCAAGAGCUGCAGAGGCAAGUUGAUAGGGACUGCGAGCUUCUGGAGCAGGAAAGAAUUAUGGAUUAUAGUCUUUUGGUGGGAAUUCACUUUAGAGAAGCAUCAUAUAGUCGAGAUUUACCUAUGAAUCCCACUGGUUGCCGAACUCCAACAGGUAAAGGUGACUCUGAAAAUGGAGCUGUCCGACUUUCUAGAGUGGACAUGGAUCAGCUUCUUUUUGAUCCUACACGGUGGGAAGCUAUUAGACUGGGCAUCAAUAUGCCAGCAAGAGUCGAACAGACAAUAAGAAAAACUGACUGUGAAACUCAGUUGAUUGGAGAACCAACAGGGGAAUGUUACAAUGUUGUUCUGUUCUUUGGCAUCAUUGAUAUACUUCAAGACUAUGACAUUAGCAAGAAACUUGAACAUGCUUAUAAAUCAUUUCAAUAUGACCCAACUUCAAUAUCAGCAGUUGAUCCGAAGCAAUAUUCAAAACGCUUCCGUGAUUUUGUGUACAAAGUUUUUACGGAAGACACGUGAAGAGUGAUGGUGGUCAGAAAUUACCUCCGAAUUUCGACGAAGAAUUCAGUGACUGCAUCCUUCGCCAGCUCAUACAGCCGAACAUUUCUAGCGGCUGGUAGACGUGUCAAAUGUAUAGUUAUAGUGAAGAUCACAAUCUGCUGAAAGCUGAAUGGUUCUUUAUGCGGAUAGGGCGUUGAAAGAACCAGUUACGACGGCUGAGGUUAAACACUGGUAAUGCAGAAGUCGCUCUUCUUUUCUAACUCUCCUCGUUAUAUAUAAAUUAUGAAGUAUAUAAUUCAGUACCGUUGUUAAGGCAACCACGCGAAUUGUAAAAUGAAUUUACCCAAGGUAAAUCUGUAUCGAAAAUCUAUUCUUUUUGUACUCCGAUAUUUUUUAUUCGUUCAACCCAGAAGAUGAUUUAGGAUUCUGGGGUAUUUCAGCGUUGAAUAUGAAUGAGCAUGUACAGAGAGGAAUUAAAAUUGGUUAAAGUUCAUUAUGUUAACAUUACUCUUUCAGUGUAUCCUUGAUUGGUCUUCUUGAUACAAAUUUCCAUUCUUCGCUCCUGUUUAACUAAAGAUAGAACAAACGGCACAACAGCAAGGAGAAUAAGGAUAGUCUACGUUCAUGGUUCUCAGUACUGAAUGUAAGGAUUAAAGUUAUGGAGAUCACGUUGAGGAAAUAUGUGUUCGGGACCUAUCCAACUCCGCACUCAUUUUAAGGCAUGCCAAUUAUUGCACCUGAAGGAAAUAUCUGUUGGGGGUCCUAUGACUCCUACCUAACUCAAUCGAGUAAAGGCGUGUACUAGAGACAGACGUGGCUGGAGAGUGAAGACAGUUCUAGCAUGGUUUACAAGAUGGUUGUAAUGUUAGUGUGUGGAAUAUAAUCUCAUAAACUCUAACCUGUU